CUUGGAGCUGCGAGCGGGUGUCACAAGAGCAGAAAUCGCACAAGAAGCAAACAUCCGAUGGGCCCAACUCUGCCUCUGAGUGGAAGCUGCACACUGAUGAGCGUUUGCGGACGCCCUGCCUGACUUCUUCUUCUGUUAGGGAUAGACCCAAGCAUGGUCGAGCAGUUGAUUACGCUUGGAAAUCUGUGAGCGUGUCAUCCUUUCGCUCCUCGGGUCAAAACGCUCCUCUCGGCAAGAUGGGAAGGACUUACGGGACCAAUAUGAUUUUAAUAGCAAUACUGCUUGGACAGAUGGUCGCCGCGGCCGAGGAAGAGUGCCUGUCGGGUCAGUACACCACCGACGGAAAAUGCUGCAAACAGUGUCCGCCCGGCGAGGGUGUCGUCAAGCCGUGCGGAGCCACGCAACCAGUGUGCGCGCCCUGCCUGGACAGCGAAACCUUCUCGGAAAACUUCAGCCACACCGAGCGAUGUCAGCCUUGCACCAAAUGCACGGGCCUCUUCCGCAUGGAGACGCCGUGUACGGACGCCAACGACGCCACCUGCGUGUGCAACUACGGCUUCUACCUGAAGGACCUGUCGCAGAGGUGCGAGCCGUGCACCAAGUGCCCCGCGGGCCGGGGCAUGCUGCUCAGCUGCGAGUCGGACCACGACACCGUUUGCGAGGAGUGCGGCGGCGGCGACACGUACUCGGACCAGGAGAGCUCGCGGGAGCCCUGCAUCCCUUGCGCCACCUGCGACGAGACCGAGGAGCUGCAGGCCUGCACGGCUCUCGCCGAUACCGUUUGUCAAGUGCAGGACCCGCCGUCUGUGUCGCCAAUGCCCUUCCCUGAGCCCACCUACGAUGACUUCCCAAUAGAAGACCCCCCGUCGGACGGCCCGACAGACAGCAGCGCCACCGCCACCACUGACGGCGACUCCCACGGGCCCAUCUACCAGAAUCUGAACAACAAGCUCAUCCCCGUCUACUGCUCGGUCUUGGCGGCCGUUGUGGUCAGCGUGGUGGCCUUCAUCAUCUUCAAGAGGUGGAACAGCUGCAAGCAGAACAAACAGCAGGCCAACAACUGCACGUCCAACCAGAACCAGACCCCGUCGCCCGAGGGCGAGAAACUGCACAGCGACAGCGGCAUCUCGGUGGACAGCCAGAGUCUGCAGGAGCAGCUGGGCCAGACCCAAACACACACGGUGGUCACAAUGGAUGAGGAGCCCUGCCUGCUGCUGCCUCUGCACACCAGAGACAAGAUGGAGCAGCUGCUGUUCAACGGCGGCGAAGGGGACGACGGCAACAUGGAGGACGACUGGUGCAAUCUGGCGGGCCUCCUGGGCUACGAGGAGGAGCGCAUCGCCGCCUUCCGCCAGGACCAGCACCCGGUGCGAGCGCUCCUGUCUGACUGGGCCAGCAAGGACUGCGCCAGCGUGGACGCGCUGUGCACGGCGCUGCGCAAGAUCAACCGCGGCGACAUCGCCCAGAGUUUGGCGCUCAGUCCCGUCGCCGCUAAACCCACCGCCACCUCCGUGGUCUAACCGGACGAACCAGUUCUUUAUCUUUCUCUGGACAUGGAAGGAAAUUAGCUUUACCGGUUUGCUCUGCAAUCAUUCCAAUAUGGAUAGAAGCCUUCUGCGACCUUUAAUCUCGGCUAUCGGUGUUACGACUUGCCGCGGGUGUACCAAAGACGUGUUCGAGACUCUCCAGGCUGUAGCUGACAAGCGCCAUUCUUUACAUUUCCGCCUCUUCGUUUUGCAUUGACAAAUGGCUGCCUACAGGAUGAAGCGUCCAUUCUAGCAGGGGUCUGGAUCUUCGCAAGCGUGACACGCUAGGCGGAGGAUGUUUGGAUUCUUUCAAAAUGGAACUCUUCGCCGAGGAAUCGUCUAUGCCAGGAUGGUGGAUCAUAGACCUCUAAGGUCGUUGAACUCGGAGUCAGCACGUAUAACGUCGACCAGUCCCCCACUCGCGACAUGUAACCAUGCAUGGAUUUAUUAUAGCAAAGACACAAAUGACUGCCUAGCAUUCAUAUCAGAGUUCCGCAAAUAGUGGCCGCCCCUCUCAAACGUUUUACACCUAGUAGAAGCUAGGAAAAAAAAUCAUGAUAAAUAAUGUUUGCCAUUAUUAAGCCCAUAUCUUUUAUAUACUACUAAACCCAGUGUACUAAUAUGCUACACGUGACCAAGCUACAUUACCUAAACGUGCAUGCAGACAGUAUAGCAAGCCUCAAGUUAAAAAGCAUCAAACUAACCAACGCACACGCCAUGGGGAUGCAAAUAAAAAUGCUAAGGGUUUCCUCGCUAUCCUUUCCGCAUUCCUUUCUCAGGGUAUGGCCAACCUCCGACCAACUCAACAAUCAUAGCCGUGGGCUUUCCAAGUUAUCAAUUAUGCUGCCCAGAGAUGAAACCAAGCACCUAUUUUUUAAAAUGUAUUUGUUUAUUUUUAUGUUUUUUUAUUAUUAAGAGUGUGCUGAGGGAGGGGGGGGGGGCGGGGUUAUAUUUGAAGGAGCAAAUCUUAUUGUUACUAAAAUGAAGGUAUUUCUACUUUUCUUUUCAUUGUAGCACUUCAAUGUGUAAUUAAUUACGUUUAUCUGUUUUACAUCACAAGUGCCUGGCAACCAUUUCCGGGCUUCUUGAUGUUGAACAGUUUUAUUCUUUGAUGUUUUUGUAACAACUUUGUUCCUGUAAAUACUUCAAGUUUCUUUAUUUUAUUUUGUUAGGAAAUGUAUUAUGACCAACAUAGAUAUUUACAUAUUGGGGAAAACAACAUUGCAUGCAUGCUUGUGUCAUAAAAAUCCUCCCAUGUGUUAUUAUAACUUUCCAGCGUGUCAAAAGUUUGGAAAGUGUGAGGGGACACUUUUCUCUGGACAGUAUUUUGUUUGAAACUCGAGGCGACUACGUCCUGAUUUUUGCACUUGAGCGUCGUGUUGUAGUGAUGAUGCAAAAAGGAGGUGAGCUCUUGAUGUAGCCGAAAUGUACAGCUCUAUCUGACCAUACGUGAAUGUUCCUUACAUACUAACAUACUGUAUUAUACUUAAUGUGAAUCUCAGAGCUUCUUCUACAGUGAUAAAGGUCACGAAUCCGUUUCAAUUAUUCAUUAACGGCCAGCUAACGCGAGAAUAUGUACUCAUUAUGCUGUUAAAAUAAAAGCUUCAAAAUC